UCGUCCCGCUGCUCCCGCCUCCUCCCCGCCCCCGGCCGCUGCGCAGUCUGCUCGGUGCGCUCGCGCGGCCAGCACGUCACGGACACCGCGAGCUGGACCGCACGCGGCAAGGGGCAGUGCCGGACGGACCCCGCCGCCCUCUCGCUCCCCUGUCUCCCGCCUGCAAGUGCACCGGGACAGCCGCCGCGUCCUGGCGCCGAGAGCGUCCGCCGAGCUUUCAAUUUGAUGGUCCUGAAAGGCGGUACCGAGAGUUUCCCUGUCGAGCAGGAAAUGAUGUAGCCGUCUGUUUCUGAAUUCGAGGUUCGACUCGGCCCGUGUGGUUCGGCUGGUUCGGCGGUCGCUGACAGGCCAAACUCCUCUGGUCCAGCGAGCGCUCUUGAGGGAGGUGGGACAGUAUGAAAACGGAGGAGACGCGAUCCUGCCUGCAGGCGCCCUCAAGCGUGCCCUUCGGCUCGGAGCGGCGGGAGGUGUGCGCGGGCUGCGAGUCGCCCAUCGUGGACCGCUUCCUGCUGCGCGUCAACGAGCACUCCUGGCACGAGUCCUGCGUGAAGUGUGCCGUGUGCCUGCAGGCGCUGUCCGGGAGCUGCUACUGCCGGGACCGGCUGCUCUACUGCAAGCACGACUACGAGAAACUCUCUGUCUGUAUGCCUCUCUCCUCUUUUCCUUCUCCAUCUCUCCCUCCCUCUCUCUGAAGCGGAGGGUCGUUCAUCACUGUCUGCUUUGUAAUAAUAUUUCAGCGCAAAACCUCAUUUCCGACUCGUUGAGAUUGAUAGUGCUGUUGACACGAAUCUGUUUAUCAGCACGAUUAGCGCUCGUCUCUCUUAAUCAGUGAUCCUGCUGUACCUCUUUGUGUCUCGGGCCCUCAGAGACUGGGCGGGCUGGGGGUGUCUGUAGGGGGUGACAGUAAUUAGCAAUAUUUUAAGGUGCCCCCUCCCUUCCUAUAUCUCCUCUGUUUAUUUUUUUCACACAUCUUUAAACCUGUUAAUAACUGCAUUAGGACAGAGCUUCAGGUUUUUUAGUCUUCAUUGGAGUCUCAGAGCUGUGAGGUUUGGUGUGAACUGGGUUGAGCCUCAUCCAGGUGUUCCAGAUGUACACAGCCCAGUGCAGUGGUUACGAUACAGGACUGUCACACCAGGUGGACAGCCAGACUUGUGGUUAAGAUACAGUACUGUCACACCAGGAGGACAGCAGGUCCAGUGGUUAGGAUACAGGACUGUCACACCAGGAGGACAGCUGGUUCAGGGGUUAGGAUACAGGGCUGCCACACCAGGAGGACAGCUGGU